AUGGCGCGUACCAAGCAGACUGCCCGCAAGUCCACCGGUGGCAAGGCCCCCCGUAAGCAGCUCGCCACUAAGGCCGCCCGUAAGUCGGCCCCCUCGGCCGGCGGUGUGAAGAAGCCUCACCGUUACCGCCCGGGUACCGUUGCCCUGCGUGAGAUUCGUCGCUACCAGAAGUCGACUGAGCUCCUCAUCCGCAAGCUCCCCUUCCAGCGUCUCGUCCGUGAGAUCGCCCAGGACUUCAAGACCGACCUCCGUUUCCAGUCGUCGGCCGUCCUUGCCCUCCAGGAGUCGGCUGAGGCCUACCUCGUGUCGCUCUUUGAGGACACCAACCUGGCUGCCAUCCACGCUAAGCGUGUUACCAUCCAGCCCAAGGAUAUGGCGCUGGCCCGCCGUCUGCGUGGCGAGCGCAGCUAA